CCCAACACUUGCAUCACCGCCUGGUCGGUGCGAAUCGGGCGUCCUUCGCAGAGUCAGAGGCCGAAUGCCGCUUUUUACACGCCAACUGAAGCACAACCAGUUGUGCCAGCCGAGUGGCCCGUCUUAGAUUGCUGUCGCAGUCCCGGUCCGUUCAACACAGCCAGAAAACAUCAACAUGGCGGCAGUGGCAGCAUUGAAGAAAGACCUGAGAACGAAGAUCAAGAAAAUACUCGCCGAUGUUCCUGAUGCAUCAGCUGCUUCGCAGACUUCGAAUGCCAUAAAUACGCUGCUGGGCAUGCCAGAGUACAAAGCUGCGAGGCGGAUAAGCGUCUAUCUGUCCAUGCCUGCAGGCGAGAUAUCUACGACUGGCAUUGUUCGCGAUGCACUUUCUCAGGGUAAAACCGUUUUCAUUCCUUACACAUACACUCUCGAUGCUCCAAGAGAAGGUCAACCCAAAUCCAUCAUGGACAUGGUCGAGCUCCACUCUAUGAAUGACUUUGAGUCGUUGCAGCCCGACCGAUGGAACAUUCCUACCCCUAGUGAGGACUCGAUCCCGAACCGUGCCAACUCUUUCGGCGGCAAAGGCGCUUCCCACGGAGACAUCACGAUUGGGAGCGAAGAUGCCGGGCUGGAUCUCAUCGUAAUGCCGGGCAUGGCAUUCGACUCCAACUUUGGUCGGCUGGGUCACGGCAAGGGAUACUAUGACUACUUUCUGCGUCGCUGCCACGAUGCAUCGCGGGUGCCUUUUCGCGUCGGCCUGGCCCUGACGGAGCAGCUGCUCUCGCCAAACGAAGCCGUCCCAAUGGACAAGUCCGAUUUCCGUCUCGAUGCCCUGAUCACUGGCGAUGGAGAGCUGCGCAGAGCCUAA